UGUAGAUAAAUAUUAAUAAUUUUGGAAUGAUGGAAUGGCUUCUGAAUAGAGUAUUAUAUAUUGCUAGUUAACUCUUGUAAAUUUUGUAGAAUCAGAAUGGGAAGUAUUGAAUUUAUUAAGCUGGUUAAAUCAAAACUCGAUCAAAAGUUAAAUAAUCUACAAUUAAUGAAAACUAAGUAAAAGAGCUGAAGUAAAGGUGACACCUCAUUCAUGUAGUAUAAAUAGGAGAUCUUCCAUAUCAUUCAUAUGCAGUUAUGCACCAUGCAGUCUCUCACUGUUCCAUCUUUAUUACAAAGUUCGAAACUAUAUUCAGAAAAGAAUCUUUAUAUAUUCUUCUUCCUGUUUUCAUUUUUGGUGUGUUUAUGUUGCUACUGUUGUUCAGAAAAAGACAACAUAACAUCUGGGGUUAUUUAUUUCAUCAAUGAUGGUCUUGAUUAUUUAGAAAGGUUCAAAUGGGUUUCUUUCCACAUGAGAAAACAUCAAAUUCAAGAAGAGUCUAGCUUAACUUUCACAUUUUCACCUAAGAAUAAGCUUGGACAAGGUGGUUUUGGUCCUGUUUAUAAGGGUAACCUUCUUGGAGGACAAGAAACUGCCAUGAAGAGGUUGCAAGAGCUCAGAAACGAGGUUAUGGUGAUUGCAAAACUGCAACAUCGGAAUCUUGUUAGACUUUUGGGGUAUUGUGUCAGAGGAGAUGAAAAGAUUCUACUCUACGAAUACAUGCCAAAAAGAAGCCUGGAUUCAAUUCUAUUUGAUCCAAAGCUGUGCACAUCCUUGGACUGGAAAAUCAGAUAUGAGGACAUGAAUCCUAAAAUUUCCGAUUUUGGUUUGGCCAAGAUCAUUAAAGGAAAAGAUAAGCAAUCACUAAAAGAGUUUUCGUGGUUAUAUGUCUCCAGAGAUUAUUAUAUUAGUCUUUUAGGACAAGCAUGGAGUUUAUGGAUGGAAGAUAAGCCACAUGAGUUGAUGGACCAAACACUGAUGGACUCAUGCAAUCCAAGUGAUAUGUUGAAGUGUGAAAUUGCCACCCUCCCUCAAGAAGAACCACCUUUCAUUUCAGGAAGAAGCACAUGCUACUUCUUCAUCUAG